GUAGACGGAGGUACUCGGAGACGGAGGUUGAGUUAGGGGCUUCCGCCAGGGUUUAUUAACACUUAUCACUAUCCCUGGUUCCCUCUUUACCCCUUCCACUAUCCCCGUUCCUCCAGUGACCCCGCUUACGUUACGGGGUCUCCCUUAUAUACCCUCGGAGGGGUGAUGUCGCGUGCACUGCCCAGCGCGUGCGACCCCACGUCCCGUGAGGUCACCGCACCUGACAGCGCACACGACGCCACCACUCUCCACUACUCCUCUACAUAUGUACUGUUUACAUGGUAUGUGUGCUGUGUAAGUGUACUCUAAUAAUGUUGUUGCCUAUCGAUGUGCUGUGCAUGUGGAGUUUUAAAUGGUGUGUACUGUACGGGAAAACCUUAACCAACGUGGUUUUAUUUCUUUUACUUAACUUUCGUGACUGCAGGAAUUCAUAUUUUUUGGUUCUUUCGGUAAAGUCACGUAGAUAGAAAAAUAAUAAUAAAAAGAAAGUAAAUAAAAAGAAAAAAUAUUAAUAACCAUUGCUACAGUCUACAUUAAAGCCUGCCAGUACACUCAGAUUAAGAACCAGGCUACAGUCUACAUUAGUGUUUUUUUUAUCUACGUGACUUUACCGAAAUAACCAGCGAAUAUCAACGUGGUUUUAUCAAACGCGUGUUUCGGCUCGGCAAUGUUUGACGCUGAUAAGAUUCUCAUCUGCGCACCGUCAGUUGUGAAUUAAUAGAUUGUGAGUGAUUUAUUUACCCUUUAUGGUUUUUGUGUGUUAAUGUAACAUACUCAACAAACCAAUGAAGAAGAUUCCUGGUUUUGAUCUUUCACGAAGUUCAUGGUCCACGCUAAACCGCAUACGCACAAAUCAUGGCAGAUGUGGUUACCGAUGCACAAAUAGAAAAUAAAAACUCUCCCGUGUAAGUGUACACUCUGGUCAUCCAGAUCAGACCAUACAACAUAUAACGACGCAAUGCCCAAUCCACGCAUACAAAGGAGUCAUGACAGCAAUGAUACACUCUGCUGCACUUGACGCGAUUAUCUGGCUUGACCAUUUGAAUAUUAAAUGGUAGUUGUUGCUUCUUCAUCAGCAGUCAUACGACAAAAGAAGAUGCUUGACACGCACAUGGGCAACAACGCACAUUAUCAACACUGCCGCACGCAUCGAGCCAGGCUGAGCUAUCCGGACAGACGCCAAACUCGGGCGUUGAUUGGUUUAUCGAGAUAUGGACGAAUGGGGAGUGAGGUUCGGGGAUUCAGUAUCAGGGGCGAGCGUCGGGCUGGCAAUUCAUUGUCGGGGGUAAACGUUGGGCUUUGAGUGUGUGGUGCGGGAAGAGGAAGGAGACGGGGGUUCAGUGUUGAGGUGAUAUUGAAAGUGUACACACAAGAAAUGGAGAGCGACUCGGCAUACUUUAUUACAAUAAGGGGGGAAAAUCGUGGAGCGUGAGUAAAACAGAGGGAGGGGGUGAUAAUGUCGGACCCAGGUACGCAACCCCCGCGUUUGUUGAGGUUUACCUAUAUCAGAAUGUAGAGGCCGACCGAAACUGAAUUUCUGGUUUCGGCCGAAAACGAAACCAGACCGAAAGCUAAAAAUUGGCUUUCGGCUGAAACCGAAAGUUAAAAAUUGACUUUAGGCCGAAACAGAAAGUAAACCGAAAGUUCACUUUUUGGCUUCGGCCGAAACAGAAACUAUGCCGAAACAAGCCAUUUUCCAACUUUCAGCGCCGAAACCGAAUUUCGGUCAGCCUCUAAUUGUCAGACUUCGAAUCUCGGUAUCAACACGCGUGUAGACUGAAGCAAACGCAACACAUAAGCCAAGGCGGACAGGCGGCUGGGAACAGACAACAGAGGCACUUUUUUGUCGUCCCGCCAAAGAGACUCUACCCAUGGAUGGAGAUGCAGGCUGCCGUCUGUUGACCGGUCGUAUAUACAUUAGCAGACCAUGGUUGCGGCUGUAACCUCGCUCCCAAGCUGCUGCUGACGUGUGUUUGCAGCCUAUCGCAUAGGAUUGCUUAGCGCCGACUGACCGGCCGAUAGGCAGAGUGAUAGACGUAGCACUAGCGUUAUAUUCUAAAAAUAGAUCUUCGGUUGACGAAUGACGACCGAAAGUCAAUAUCAGUUUCGGCCGAAACCAGACCGAAAGUUAAAAAUUUACUUUCGGCCGAAACCGAAAGUAUGCUGAAAGAGGCCAUUUGCCAACUUUGGGAGCCGAAACCGAAACCUAAUUUCGGUCGGCCUCUAUCAGAAUGAGAAUCUUUAUUUUAGACUGGAGGUGUAUGUGUUGUGUAAAUCUACAAACACUUUGCACUUCUAUCGUUUUUUUGUUGUUGUAACUUUCUGACAUGCCCCUAUUGGACAUCUGUGAAAAAGAGCUUAAUAUCUCAUCGGAUUUCUCGAAGAUAAAUAAAUACUCAGAUUCUGAAACAUUGUAGAAUAUUUAUAAUGUGCUAUGUAUGUACUUUAAAAUGGCAUCUGUGUGAUGUUAGUGUACUAUGGUGUAAGUAUUAAGAUAUGUGUUGUACGCUGUAUUUUCUGUAUAUAAGGUGUUGUGUUUGUGCGAUAGGUUCCACGUAUGUGUUUCGUGUGUAGUGUGUGUACAGUACGUAUACUUGUGUCGGUGGUGUAUUUCUACAGGCCAAAUGUGGAAUUCGUAGAAUGUUGUGAAAAAGAUGUUGGAAUUUGGUGCUCGUGGCUGAGGGUCAUCCAAUUCAUGUCUGAUAAGUGUGUGAACAAAUCGUGUAUGUGCAUGUUAUGAAGAGCUGUUGAGUGUACUGUGCAUGACAUGUAAUAUGUAUAUGUGCUGUGUACGUGUAGUUUUGCAUGCUGUGCAUAUGUUUACGUUUCUGUAUAUGUACUGCUGUGAUACAUCUAAAUGUAUGACGGUCUGUUUAGAUUAUCUCUUUUGCAAGUGUGGACUAUAUAUUUAGUGGUGUUGACACAGUUUCUAUUUUGUUUAAAUAUUAAAUGUGGCAUAAUUUUCACAUAUUGGAAUUUGGCUACAAUAGCACACAGGAACCUAUUUUUAGUAAUUGUCACAGACUAUUUAACGUCCACUUUCUCGCAAAGUGGCUCAAUUUGUUAUGGUACUGCCCUACAAAAAAAUACUACAUUCUCAGUGUUGUACAGUAGGCUGAUAUCGUGUACAUAUAUUCAAUUGGUGCGAGACAAGAAGGUAUUUAAGAAUUAGGAAACAUUUAAAGCUCAGUGUAUUCUUGUACACACUAGUGGCAAACUCAUUGAAUACGAGUGGAGAGGAGGAGCAAUAAGUUAAUAGAAUGGAAAGCAAAGGUUGGAUCGUUUUAUGGUUGGGGUUUAGGGAAAUAUAGACAUUGGACAUUUGAAUUUGCGCAUCAUUUUGCAUGCACAUCUAAUGGCAUACAUGCACACACCUCAACACCACACCUGACACAUACACUGACACACGGCCGUCGGGCACCUCUGCCCCGUCUGUCGCACCAUACCUCGCAUGCCCCCCCCAUGCCCCUUCCCCCCCAUGCCCCCCCACACUCCCACCCACCGACCUCUCCUUCUCCUUCCCACACCACACGCCGGCGUAUUGGGGCCGGCAGCACAUGGUGAUGAGCUUCAGGGUGUCGGAGCUGCAGGUUCUGCUGGGCUACAUAGGGCGGAGCCGCACAGGGCGCAAGCACGAGCUCAUGACGACUGCCCUCCAGGUGCUCAAGUCUGGCUGCAGCGCCGCUGUGCAGAUCAAGAUUCGGGAGCUCUACCAAGUAAUCAUUCGCAAGCAGCGCCGAUACCCCGGCAAAGCGAUGUCGCCGUCGGAGUUUGCUACGGUGGUAGACUCCUCACCGCCACCACGACCGCAGACGCUAUCGUCGCCCACAGCGCUGCUCUACCACCAUUCGGCAAGCUCCUCACAGCCGCCCGCUGCUAAAAUUCCUCCCGCAGCCUCAGGGCCCAUCCCUCUGCUGUCGGUGCUUGCCAAGCAGGAUGCUGACAUGAGUCACCGAUCACCCCCGCGCCUUCCUGCGCCGCCCGACGUGCGGCUCACCAAGCUGCCCUUUUACGAUGUACUCGACGAAAUCAUGAAACCGACUGGCCUGGUUGCCACUAGCACGCAGCGCAUGCAAGAGGCGUACUUUGUGUUCCCUCUCACGCCACAACAAGUCUCUCAGAUAUCCUCAUCCAGGGAGCUGCUGCCAGGUUCACGCUAUGACUACUCGGUACAGCUGCAGCUGAGGUUCUGCCUCUCGGAGACGAGCUGCCCACAGGAGGACCACUUCCCCCUUAACGUGUGCGUCAAGGUCAACGGGAAGCCCUGCCCGCUGCCGGGCUGCUUGCCACCCCAGAAGAACGGCGUGGAGCCCAAGAGGCCAAGCCGCGCGGUCAACAUGACGUCGCUCGUGCGGCUCACACCCUCCGUGCCCAACCACAUCACCGUGUCCUGGUCUACGGACUUCGGCAGGAGCUACUCGCUGGCCGUGCACCUGGUGAAGCAGCUGUCGUCGGCCGUGUUGCUCAACCGGCUCAAGGCGAAGGGCAUCCGUAACUCGGACCACUCGCGCGCCCUCAUCAAGGAGAAGCUGACUGCUGAUCCCGACAGCGAGAUUGCCACCACCAGCCUUAGGGUGUCCCUGCUGUGUCCGCUCGGCAAGAUGAGGCUGAGCCUGCCAUGCCGGGCGCUCACCUGCACGCACCUGCAGUGCUUCGACGCCGCAUUGUACCUGCAGAUGAAUGAGAAGAAACCCACGUGGGUUUGCCCCGUAUGCGACAAGAAGGCACCAUACGACGGGCUAAUCAUCGACGGGCUGUUUGUGGAGAUUCUCAACUCUUGCACGGACGCAGAUGAGAUCCAAUUUCGGCAGGAUGGGCUGUGGAGUCCAAUGAAGCCCAAGAAGGAGAGCAAGGAGCGAACAGUGGCGACCAUGCACCGCUCCAAUGCUGAUAGCAUGGGUGGCUACGGCAGCUCGGGUUACUCUGCAUUGGCGGCAUCGCAACCAAGCCGCGUGGGCAGCAAGCGUGCCGAGGUCAUCGACCUCACAGUGGGAAGCUCCGACGACUCGUCAGACGCCAGCGAGCGAGACGACGAUGACGACGACGAUGACGACUCAUCUCCCUCACCUCCACCGCUGCCGCCUACAAAAAAGUUCUGCACGAGCGCCAUCAUGGAGCUGCCCGGGAAAGGGGUGCUGAACCUGCACCGCUCCAGCGUGUCCCCCAUGGUGUCGAGUUACCUGCCCACGUCACUGGCGGACUUCACCUCCUACUCCAUGUCCACCAUGCCCCCAGACAUGCCCACCCUGGAUUUGUACUCCAUCUUGCAGACGGAUAGUCAGUUCGGCAGCGGAGUGUACCUGGACAAUCCGUCGUCAAAUGCAGCUGCGCUCACCACAUCCACCAUGACGUCCACCACCUCCAGCCGCUUGCAGGAGCCACACCCUCCCAGUACUGCUGCCACGGUGGCUGCCAGGGCCUAUCCAGACGUCAUCUCACUCGACUGACUCUCCAUGAAGCAGGGGAGAGGCUGUGCCAGUCAACUGUGCUUAUAAUGCAGCAGCCUCCACGGACCUUGGUUGAUUUUCGAGAAGUUUCAAAUUGGACACACUCGCUUCGCCAACACUUCGGUUUAAGUUAUCUAACAAGUCCUGGGCAUGUGGGGUGUCAAGACCACCAAUAAAAUGUUUUUUGGGCUAGAUUGCAUAAAUGAUCUAUAGCACACUUUUCAUCAAGGAUCUCAGAGCAAUAUGAGACAGCAGCACACUCAGCAUAUUAAAUGCAUUUUAAGAAUAAUUUACUAAAACGAAAAGUUUAAGAAAUGUAUAGCUUUUAAGGCACAUUUAAAAAUGUCCACUGAUCCUGAUAUUUAAUUUAGCCUUCCAUAGCCUGGGGGCUACAUGGGAAAAAAGCUCACCCAGACCAAAACCUCAACCUGGGAAUGCAGAUCACCAUAUCCAGAUCUUAGUGACCUUUGAGGGGACAUGGGUGCAGCAUGUCAAUGAUGUAGGCUGGGGCAAGAUGGUUCACUGCUUUGUCAGUAUUUUAAACUAUUGUGAAACUGGAAGCCAGUGCAGGGAAGCCAAAACUGGUGUUUUAGGUUAACACCUGAGGUCACAUUCUGAACAUGCUACAAAUUGAUCAGCACCUUGUUAGCCACACCAGGGAGUACGACAUUAAAAGUCUGAGAUGACGGCAGAGAGAAGGGAUAGCAUAGAUUUUGAAGAUGGAAAAAUGAAGUGAUCUUUUUAAUGAGCCUUGAAGCACAUGGGAUCACAGAGGACCCCUAGAUUUGUAAUUGCCUUUAUGUUGCUCAACCCACCACAGCUAAUUAGCAAGGCUUGUGUAAGCAAAGCAUGCCAAUUCCUUACAAGUUAAGCACACCAGUGUGUUGAAGAGCAAACCAACAUUUACAAUUCAAGACUGGUUAUAUAAUUACCAGCAAUACUCUAAUUGUGUAUUUGCUGACCUAGAAACUAAUUGGCAUGUUUUGUUUACAUGAUAAACCUUAUUAUUUGGCUGUGUUGAUCUAUAUGUAUGCCAUCUAACACAAAAAACCCUAUUGGGUCAGGAAAGCCAAGGAAUAACUGCACCAACACUCAGGUUGUAAAAAUAUUACAAUAUCUUCCCCCACAAGUUAAUCGCACAGCUCUGACUACUUGCAAGUGUCAAAUUGUUUAAAAUUGACAGCAAUACCACCACUGAAAGGUAUUUAUUUCACAGAACAAGGCUUGACCUGAAGUACCUGCACACACAUGGGCUUAUCCUGCAAGUGGUGCCGAAACCUUAGGCUGCAGAAUGCCAAAAGCAGAUCUCUCCAUGGAUUUUGGGAUGCCAAAUCAGCUUAAUAUUGUAAAAAAAGAAUGUACAGUUUGUAGUUGAUAAGAUGUAAUUUUUAGCCACGUGUAGCCACAUUGGUAAUCCUCACAGGAUGCGUGUUUGUCAGUCUCUUGCACAUUUGGUAUUGGAAAGUCUUGUAGACAUGUCAGUUGCUCAUUAAAAUUGACAACGGACCAUU